CUCUACAAAUUAAAAGGAAAGCUGUUGAAACAGAUACGACAAACUUGUCUCCAAUACAACAUGCUGGAAGAAGGAGACCAUAUUAUGAUAUGCGUUUCGGGUGGCAAGGAUUCGGCUACGCUCCUCUCGCUCGUGAAGCAGCUCCAGCGACAGCUACCCAUCCAGUUCAAUGUGACGGCCGUCCACGUCGAUCAAAAGCAGCCGGGAUACAAUGGUGCAUCGCUCAUCGCGUGGUUGGAAGAGAUGAUGAUUCCGUAUCUAGUCGUCACCGAAGAUACGUACAGUGUCGUCGUAGAUAAGACGGAACCGGGGAAAUCGUUCUGUACCGUGUGCAGUCGUCUCCGACGUGGCAUUCUGUAUUCGACGGCACUAACGCUGGGGUGCAACAAAAUUAUGCUGGGACACCACGCCGACGAUUGCUUGGAAACAUUACUGCUCAAUAUGAUUCACACUGGUCAAACCAAGGCCAUGCCUGCACGAUAUACGUCCCAAAGGGGAUCGCUCGCUGUCAUGCGGCCCCUUAUUCAAUCCAUGGAGACGGAUAUUGCCGAAUACGCGCACCUUUCCAACUUUCCGAUACUACCGUGCAACCUCUGUAGCAAUCAAGCUAAUUUACAGCGACCCCAGGUGAAACUGUUGUUGGAAACCAUACAGGCCUCAUUGAAUCCCAACGCCAAGCGUAACAUGCUCAACGCGGUUGGAGACGUACGUCCCAGCCACCUUUUGGAUCAGUCACUGAGAGAGAUGUGUGGGAUG